GGAACAAAAAGUGCAGACAGGAACGGCAGCCGACGGAUCCGGCACCGGGAAAAAGGACAAGGACGAAGGGGAAAACAAGACGAACGUGCUGCUCAUCGAGGGCUUCGUCAUUAUCGCUGUCUUCACCAUCGCCUGCAUCGUCAUUUACGUCGUGUGUUGCCGGAAGGGCGCGCAGGACCCGAAGCCCAACAAGGGCAAGGGGCAAGCGCUCUUCCCACCGGACGCGACGCGCGCCAAGCGGAAGCAGGUGGUGGAACAGAUGGAGCGGGAAAACCAACUGAACGCACUCAUCGACACGCGGAACCAGCUGGCGGCCGGUGGACAGCAGCGCCCGUUGUUGCUGCAACGGGGCCCAAGUGUGAAGGUGGAGCACCCGCCCUCCGCGAUGGUGAAUGACUUUCUCAAGGACGAGCCCAAGUCGGGGGCCGGGGUGAAUACUUCUACCGUCGGCACGACGGACCCACGAAAUUCCGUUACCAUCCCGGCCAGCGCGAACGAGCCGCCUUCGAGCGGCGGCGGCUUGUUUGAUUCCUUGCUAAGUGGGAAGCCCAAGCCCGCGAAGAAGCGGAAAACGGAAGACGGAGCGGCUGUCACGACAGAAGCGGUCGUCGCCGACGCAAUCGGGUCGGUCGGAAACGUGGCGCGCGUCUCCGGUGUCUCUACCGCAACCUUCGCGAGCAGUGCGGGUGCGGCUGCUGCGGGGACUGCUGCUGCUGGUACAACGUCUACCGGCCGUGUGUCCGCGCAAUCUGCCACGGGAUCUGCAACGGCUGCUGGCCGGGCGUCCGCGCAAUCAGGCGGCUCGGGUACUGCAGGAGCACAACUACCGCGCGGCCCGUCCAUGACGGUGAAGCAGGUUGAUGUGGUGCAGCAGAUUGGAGCGUCGUCGCAAAUGGCCAGUCAGCCGCGCGUGUCUAAUUCCGUGGCGGGCAUUGCCGUCCGCGCAAGCCAGCAGGCCGCCAGCACUACCACCGGGCCGUUUCCCGGCACCUCCUACGCGAACCUGUCCUACAGCUCCAUCUAUGCAUUGCAAAAGUAUCGUACUCGUAUAAAUGCAUUACAAAUUUUCUCAGCAUGAGAAAUAAAAUUUGUCAUGCGGAUGCACCUUAGGAAAAAAAUUUGUAAUGCAUGACUGCAAUUACAACGAGUGCGAUACUUUUGCACAGGAUACCAUCAAGAUGCAGGGGAUCGGGGCCACCGCAGCGCACGCGCUGCAACCCAGCGCGUAUCCUGAGUAAAAACGUACCCACCCCAGAGUUGUCAUGCAAAUGCGCAAUGACAGGAACAUUUGUAAUGCGCAGCUCCAUGAGAGGCAUUAUCAGUCGUGUUUUGGAAUUUGUAAUGCUGUAAAAAGGAUGAGACACUGGCUUUCUCGUGCGGCUUCCCUUGCCAGCCAGCACUACACUGCAGAGAGAAGCUUGUCAUGCACAGCUCCCAAAACUUGGAGAUUUGUGUUGCUAGAUUCCCAACUUAACUAUGGGGUGGAGACGUUUUGGCUUAGGAUAGCGCGCAGUCGCAGUUCAGCAGCCCGGGAACUUCGGUUGUUGGUGUUGCCAGCGGCGGCCCGCAGUUGCUGAACUUGGGGGCGAGUCAGCGGGCGUCGCAGCAGGCGUCGUCGCAGCAAGGAACCGGUGGUAUUGCGGCGAGUCAGCGGGGGUCGCAGCAAGGAGUCGGUCCUGCGGCGAGUCAGCGAGCGUCGCAACAGGCGUCGCAGCCAGGAGUCGGUCCUGUGGCGAGCAAGCGGGCGUCCAAAAAGAGCGUGCAGUAAGGAGUUGGGCAACUACGAUUGGUUGCUCGCACACAGCUCCGGUCGUGGGCUAAUCCGUGUUUUUUCGUUUUCAAAUUUACCUUUUCCGCAAAACAAAAACUUUUUAAUAAAAUAAAAUAAAAAGCCUGUUUGCAGCAGUUCUUACUAGCAAACGCAAUCGAAAAUACUACCCGGACUUUCAUCACCACUUUAUAUGCUUUUGUACAUCUCAUCACCUAACUUUUUUUCUCACAUGAGUUUUAGAAAUUAAUUGAACCAGAGAGAGAUUGUUAGUGCAAUUUCGCGUAUCCUGCCCAUGUACCCCAUGGAAGGGAGCGCGGAAGCAAAAAGCACAGCAAGCCCACCCACUCUCGUUAAUUAACAGAAUUAUACGUCCCCCGAUGAAGAUGAUUGUAAUUGCUCAACUGCCGUAGGCGUUCUCUAGUAGCACUUUAGAGUUUGCACCAUAAGGUCUUCUGUACCCCAGAGGAGCAAAGGCGUUUGAGAAAUUGCAAAAGGAAUCAACCAAAAGUAAACACCACUUCCCUCCUCCGUAUCAUUUUUUGCAAGAGCAUCCACUGGAAAUAAAGGUUUAUUGUGCGCAUUCCGUGGUUGAAAUCUCUUUUGUUCUUCGCCUCCCCAAACAACUAAGUACAUCCCUACGAGAGAAAAAAAUAUCAGUUUACACGAGCGUGUGCGUUAUCGUUCUGUCGUUUUU